UCCAAUGUUCUCCGAGACUCACAAGACAACUUUCUGAUAGCUGACUUUGGCAUUAGUCGAAUAUUGAAUGAUGAUUCUACGACAUAUGAAAGCAAGCCUAACAUGGGAACUGAGUAUUGGAUUGCUCCUGAAUCAUAUUGUGAAAUUAAAGAUACAGUCGAUAAAGGACGGUACAAGAAAGAGUCAGACGUAUAUAAUGCAGGAAUGGUAACUUAUUAUAUUGCAACAAAAGGAAAACACCCGUUUGGAACUAAACGGCAUAGAUUGGACAAUAUGUUGAAUGGAAACCUUGCUGGCUUAGACGAAAUCAAGGAUGUAGCAUUGAAAGACCUUUUGUUGUGGAUUUUAAACCGAGAACCCGAAGACAGACCAUCAGCCAACGAGGCGUUAACACAUCCAUUUCUUAUGUCGGAUGACGAAAAAUUCGACUUAUUAUGUAAAGUUGGAAAUCUUCAGCAGAUUAAGACAAAUGAUCCCCUGUGUAGUGUCGUUCAACAAUUGAAUAGUGAAUCCUCAGAUUGGAAAAGUAAAAUAGACAGUGAUGUUUAUGAUUAUUUUAGAACAGACGUGGUGACUGGAAAGAUUUUUACAUAUGGCUCUUCAUGGACAGAAUGUUUAAGACUUAUUCGAAAUAUUAACAAGCAUUGGAACGAUCGACCACGGCCAAAACCUCAACCAGAACCAUUUUAUAAGAUUGGCGAUCACAAGGCGUAUAUUCUCAAAAAAUUCCCCAAUCUCCCUGUUCGAGUGUAUGCUACUGUGAGGUCCAAUGAAGAAUUGAAAAACAAUCCAGAUCUCAAGAACUUUUUCAAUUUCAGUGAAAAGAAAUCACAUCAAAAAUAAACAGUUUUUAAAGAGUAAAAACAGUUUGUGAAAAGGCAAGUGAACAUGAAAGAUACCGUGUAAAAUAGAAUUUACUCAGAUUGGAAAAGACAAAUAAUUUUUUUACGUAUAUCAUUAUUUUGAUUGUUGGCUUUCAUUGACAGAUCGAUUGAUUGCGACCAGCACUAAAACCAUCCAUUUUAUAAAGUUGAUGAUCCUAAGGAGUUCUUUUUGAAAUGCCAGUUCGGGUACGUGUUGCUGUCUGGUGAAAUGACGAAUUGAAAAACAACCCAGAACUUAAGAACUUUUUCAGUUUUUAAUGGAAGCGAACCACAAUGAAACGUUUACUGACAGGAAAACAAAUAACAAAUCAACGAUACGGUAGUUAAAGGAUUUAUUUUGUAGAUGUAAAGUAGCGAAACACUUUUCACGACGUAUUUGGAUGAUGUAUAAUCACAUUUCUGCAUGUAGCUUACAUUAUUGAAUGAUAUAAUAUCUGAUUAUUUAAAUUUUAUUCUCAUUUGCUUUUGUUGAAGACGUAUGACAUUUGAAGUCAACUUUAUAAAAUACAUAAUAAAACUCUUAUACCAUAGUAAA